CAAAGCUUCACCUACAGCGCGGCUGUCAGCAGAGUGUACUGUACAGUAGGGCAGCUGGGCUUUAUUUUGCUUCCUAGGCUGGAAACCGCUGUAGUGCAGUUGGACUUGACGUCCAGCAACACAUCACAGACUUUGAACAAGCAGACACGGCGAUUUAGCACGUUAGCGACUGCAUUUACAGCUGUCAUGCCAGUGUGAGAGCGCCUUAGUACCUCGUGCUGAGCUUGAGACUGCAGCAGCAGGACAAAAGACAGAAGAGGAGAAAGAGAGGACGGGAGGAAAGAAAACACGGGAACAAGCCAGAAAAAGAGCAAGGAGAAUCCGAGGAGUCAGCAUGUUGAUCAGAGCUGAGUUUAAGAGACAAACCUGACUCUGGAUGAGACAGAGAGAGCAUAAAGAUAGGUAAAAAAAAAAAAAAAAAAAAAAAGGCUGAAAUGCUCACCUGUACCCAGACAGGUUGAGAAGUUAAGAGAACUGUCCGGCCAUGGCUGUACGUCUACUCCUGGUAAUAUAGAUUUAAGAUUAAAUGCACCCACGCUGCAACCUCCUAAAUUUGCAUCUGUCCUCCUCUGACUUUCCCUGACCCAGUCACCAGCUCAAACCUCCCCCAAAACCCUACAUCUCCUUCCUCUCGGCUAUCACUUCAUACCCGAAGUCUCAGUCAGUCUAACCAGACAGCUGUGUUCAUAGCAAGUUACCACAUGAGCUGUCACUGAGGAGUGGAGAAGCCUGUUCCAGAGUUUGACAGGAAUAAGCCUUUUAUCACUACACAUGGACUGUUGAUGAAGAAAGAUGGCAGUGAGACUGGCAGGUGCCACCCCUUCCUCUCGGCCACCCUCCCUCCCCCCACUGGCCACGGCUCGGACUGGUUAGGGUUGGUCUAUUGGCAUCCAUUGCCCAUUGCAGCAUCGGCAGCAGCUGACAGAGAGUGGGAAGGAGCAGUAUGCAGGAAACUGACUUACCAGCCACAAAUGCCUUCAAAGAGUGCAAGUUCCACUGCACCAAUGGGAAUUGUUUGCGUCUGGGCUCACUGAUCUGCAACCAGCUGAAUAACUGUGGGGAUAACAGCGAUGAGGAGAACUGCCCUGUGGUCACCCAGCACCCUCCACCAGGCAUCUUCAACUCUGAACUGGAGUUUGUUCAGAUCGUCAUCAUUAUCGUGGUGAUGACAGUGAUGGUGGUUGUGAUCAUCUGCCUGCUCAACCACUACAAGCUCUCCACCUGGUCUUUCAUUACAAGGCAGAGCCAGGCCCGCAGGCAUGACCAUGCCCUGCAGCAGGAUGGGUGUCUGUGGCCUUCAGACAGUGGCUCUCGACAAGGUGCCUCGGAGGUGUUAUACGCUCCCCAGGCCAGGGAUCGCUUCACUGCUCCCUCCUUCAUGCAGCGCGACCGCUUCAGCCGCUUUCAGCCUACCUUUCCCUACCUGCAGCACCAGAUUGACCUACCGCCCACCAUAUCGCUGUCGGAUGGUGAGGAGCCCCCGCCAUAUCAGGGGCCUUGCACCCUGCAACUCCGUGACCCUGAGCAGCAAAUGGAGCUCAACCGCGAGUCGGUUAGGGCACCUCCCAACCGGACCAUCUAUGACAGUGACUUGAUCGACAUGGGAGGAGGCGUCAGUCUGGGAGGAGUUGGGGGAGGAGGGGGAGUCAUGGGGGGCGGAGGUCCGAGGCCACCAAGCAGUAACUCGGGCAUCAGCGCAGCCAACUCCAGCAACCAUGGGCGCAUGGAGGGCCCCCCACCGGCAUACAGUGAGGUGAUGGGCCACUACCCUGGCUCUGCAUUCUUUCUACACCAGCACAGCAAUAACCAGAGGGUGGUGGGUUCGGGGAGCAGGACAAUCCAGCAGCAGAGCCAAUCAGAAAGCACAAUAGUACCUGUGAAGGCCAAGGAAGGCCAGCCAGAGGACCUGGUGUGAAGAAAAGGCCAGCAAGGCAGGUGGGGCCAUCCACCCCAGACUGAAAACUGUCUCUCCACUUUACCCCUGAUCACCUGUCAGUGGUCUUGCUCACUCUCUCUCUGUCUCUCUGAUGUCCUUUUUCCACACUCUCAUGCACAAAUAGAUAUCAAUCUUAGCUACAACAAAACAAGGGAAGAAAGGAACCAAGAGUUAAUUUCAUUUCAGUUUCUUUCCAGCGUUUAGUAACACAAAUGGCUAGCACUGCUGCAGCAGGAUGUAUGCACUGUGUGGAGACUUUUUCUCUCUGCUCCAUAUGAGAAACUACUGCUACUGCUAACACAGAUUGAAACAAUUUGCUUUUUUCCCCUUGGGUGAUGGCUCUAUCUGUGGAAACUGUGGACAAUGUUUUUUUUUUUUCUUUUUCUUUUUCUUUCUUUUUUUUUUUUUUCCAGACCGGGAUCUGUGCACAAAGCAAGAACUGAGCUGAGAAUCAAGGAGUUACAGAGAACACAACAAAAUAAGAGAGUCACAAACCCAAAUCUUAGUGCCAAGGUUCACGAAGAAGCAAAACAAAGGGGGAAAAUGACUCAUUCUGACAUUGAAAACACAAAAAAGAAAAGUUGCACUAUCUUUUUGCUGUAAAAGAGAAGAGGGAAACAAGGCUAUGUGAUGAUAAUAAUGAUAAUGUUUUUUGUUUGUUUUAUUUUCCAUUUCUUUGUUUUAUUUUUUGUUUGUCCUUUUCAUGAAUGGACUGAUUGACUGAACUUUGGCUCCAAAGUUGUUUAAACAGUUGGGAGCAAAAAAAAAAAAAAAGACAAAACAAAAAAACAACAAGUAUUAUAAGCUUAUGUCCUUCCUUUUUUGAAAACCACAAGAAAUACUUGUACCCAGCCUAUGACAUCUCUGUCUGCUUACACCACAGGCACAGUGAGACUUAGUAAGAGAAUAACCUUGUACUGCUUCACGUCUGAGUACAUUUCAGCCUUGUGGGGAUGAAAUCUGCCGUGUGACCAGCCGCUGGGUGGACGAAACAUUUCUUACUUCCUCUUGUAGUUUGUUACGAGAUUUAGAGAUGGGUUUCCCAAACCAGAGUAAACUCUCAGAAAGGUGAGAGCUGCUUGGCAAGACUCAGCAUGCUCCAUACAACAAUUCUGGGAAAACUGAUCAGCUGGUUGGAUAACAAGUUAACCAAAAAUAGCAUAACUCAAUAACAAAAUUAAAAAAAAACAUAUCUAAAUGUCCAUCUAGCAGCCUGGUCACAGCAGAUUCUUCUUUUCUCAACCCUGUCCCGACCUCUGAGCACUUGACACUUCCUCUUUCCUGUCUCCUGUGUUGAUAACUUCCCCCACCCCCACUCCACCUCCUCUUACUGCUCAUCUCAACAUGCACAGUGCAUUCUGCCAAUAGCCACACUGAACUCGAACCCCGCCGCCAUAACAACAAAAACACAAAACAACAACAACAAAAAAGAAAGCUUGUCUCUCUGUCUUCGUGUCUCUAAAGCCACAAAAAAAAAUCCAAGACGUCACAAAGUGAAGAUUCCUGUCUGCAUCAGUCAGCACAGUAAUCAGGUUUUAAAUGAAAAUUGUCUGUGGUCAAAGUCAAAGGGCUAUGGGAGGGUCCUUUUUGUAAAAGAAAAACCUUUUUGAAAAUCUAGCCUUUUUCUCUGCUCAUCGUUGCCUUCUCCUCUGCUCUUGUGCUUUCUUUGUCUCUCUAUCUUGUUUGCGGUUAAGCCCCCCCCCAAACACCCCCCCACCCCCCACCCCCACCCCAAAAACCAUCCCAGCUUUCUUGUCUCUGGUAAGCACUGUUCAUAGUCCCUCCUUACAUCCGUGUGCAGAAAAAGUGUGUGCAAAUGAUGCAGAGUCCGCCGAGCCCUUUAAGGUGGAGACUGGAGUGGACACGUCAUUUGGCAGUGUGUUCGUGCUGUCUUCUCCUUCCUUUGUGUGUGUGUGUGUGUAUGUGUGUGUGUUUAUUGGUCAGACAUUUCAACAACACAGAGAAGCACUUAAUGCUCCUGCAGGAGCAUUGUGUACGUGUGUGUGGGUAUAUGUGUGUACAACUGAGUGGUUUAUUAGUCAACUUUGUCUGACUUUAGAAAUUCAAGGACAUACAGUAUUACUUCUUUGGCACUGUCCAUAUUAACACAUCAUUAAUUAAGUUUUCAUUGGAAUUCAGUGGAGUGUCUCUUAAAAAGCCAGAGAUGCAUGAUGGUUAUUAUUGUGGUGUAGAAGUGACCUCACUAUAUAAGCUCAAAGAAAGUGCACCUCCCAGUCCACAAGCUCCAUUAUAGCUGUACAAGGAUAAAACCACCUUUCUUGACCAUACUGUAGACUGAGUCCCAGUUUCGUACUACAGGUAUGUGAGUAUGUGAUGCGUUCGCACUGAAAACUUUUUGUUUAAUGUGUGGUGUUGGUUAACAAUACUGUCCUGCAGUGCAACACUAAAAAGCAAUGAGGCCUCUCACAGCUUCAAAAUAUGAAAAACUAAUUUUGGAUGAUAGUGAGACAGCUCAAGGAAGACCUUGGAAAAUAAAAUGUCCAGCACUAAAUUAAGUACCUAGUCUUAAUCCUCUAAGUUUUUACCACCUUUAUCCUCUACUCCUCUCCAAGAGAAGAGUGUAGAAAAAGUGUGUGCUCCUCUUCUCGAUAAAGGUGGUGUUUUUAUCUCAUAUCACAAUAUACUUGUUCACUUUUCAAUAUUUUCUGGCCUUUUUACUCUCAGCCCACUGUAGCUGUAAAUCUUUUAAGAGGACCUCAUAAUUACAAAGUGCUGCAGUGAUGAUGUAUUUUGUAGGCCAGCUGGAAGUUAGCAUCACCCUUGUUCCCUCAACAAAGAGCCAAUGGGAUUUUUUCACAGGGUUUUGGAUGAUUGCAGAAAAUUAGCUCUGUGACAAACAAAAGUUUAUGAUACUUAAAUGUUUCGUUCAGUAAGAUAAUGAACACCACUUACAGUCUCUUGCAGUAAAAAGCUAAUGUUAGGCUAUAAAUGAACAACACCAUGGUCACAUGACUUCAACAUCACCACCACUAAGCUUCCAACUUGUAAUUUGAUUUAGCACGUUUACAUCUUUUACAAAAGUCUUUCCUCUUAGAAAGUUCGUAAUAGUUUGCAAGAGCACAAGUAUAAACACAACAAAGCUGUAAAGGCAGACUAGUAAAUAGAUCGGUUUUCAUGUUCAGAGUUACAACGUCAACAACCUCCUUUUUUAAGACGUAAAAAAGGGAGGGAAGACAUGUAAAAGCUUAAAAUAUCACAAGUGGGGUAUUUAUGGAUGUAUGUCAUAGAAUAUAAUGUGAAAAUGACUUGAGCUUGUGUUGUUGUCUAACCAAAAACCUAUUCAAAAAAACCCAUUGACUUUGGGAUGAGCGAGCUGGAAGUGCUAAAAUGCUAACUUCUAUCCAGGUUUUAGGACUCAUUCAUGCAGCAACUCAUGGUUCACUUUUUUCUAAAGGGUUAGAAUCUUUACCCCACACAUACAACCACAUUGUAUGUUGUCACAUGGCCUGGGCCACAUCAUAAGAACUGAGCUAAACUGCUGGACAACAGAGCGAACUUCAUCUGUUGAGGAAAGACUGUGAUAGGUGGUGGAAACUUCCAGGAUAAGGGAGCUGAACUGAAACAUCAAACUGCUCACCUGGAAAUCUUCUUGUCAGUAUUAACCCUCUUGUGCACUGACAGCACUGAUUUUACGCUCUGCAGAUGUCAUGAUGAUGGGAGAAAAAAAGGUUUUGGUCAGUUUUAAUGGAAACCUUCUGAUUUUGUUACCAUCAGUGUGUUUGAAUGUAUGCAUGUGCGUUUUCUGGUCAGUGUGUCCAUCUGGCUCUACAGUUGUGUGUGUGUGUGUGUGUGUGCGCGUUACUACAUCACUGCUGCUAUUGCUGUUGCUGCUACUGCUACUAUUGUUGCUACUGCUGCUUUUCAUGUCCCCUUCCCAGUCCCUCUGUCCUUCUGUCCGUCCUGUCCCUUCAAUUCAUCGAUAUCUAGCAGGAGAGAAAUCUGACCCUCUGCAGUCAAAAGCACAGGCAUUGAGACAAAUGUGGUCUUGUUCCCUGCGGGACCUAUACUGAAACAUUUUUCAUUUUGUCUGGGUGAAGAGAAUGUCCCAACACUUUGGCCUUUGACUGUAUGGACCUGCUUAAAACCUGUGUUUCUUUCCUCUUUUUCUCCCUUCUUUCUAUUGUUUUCUAAGCUUGUUCUGUCGGCGCAGUCAUGGCUUGUAAAUGGAGGCUAUACAGAUGAAUUUUAUGUUUUCUACAAGGAGGUUUGCAUGUUACUAUUAUGUGAGUAAAUAAGGUGCCUAAUGUUCAUGUUUGAGCAGACCACACCUUGGUUAAACUGCUGCUUGAAAUCCUUACAGGUGCUUUAUCUCCAGGUUGACCACCUGUCUGGCAGAAUGGAAAAGAAAUUUGUGAGGGAGGGCUGUUAGGAUUGCCAAAAAUUAUCAUUUCUGUCCUUUUACAAGUAUAGUGCUAACAUGAUUUGGGGAGCCUAGAGUGGUUGUUCAAUAUUUCUCAUUCAGGUCUUGAACUCCUUGAUUAUAGACUGAUCCUUUUGAAAAAUGGACAAAAAAACAAUUUUGAUUGAAGGUCUACAUGAAACUAUAAAUAUAGUGGCCAGAGGACCAGCAGUGUGUGUUUCCAUGUCAACAAAAGAACUCCAACCUGCAGCUCAGCCUUGAAAAGUUUUAGCUCUGAAUUACGACCAGUUCACCGGCAGUGUUUACAAGCAUGCUCACCAGCCUGCUUGCUUCCAUUGUGCCAGACAGGAGCGGUCGCUCCCAGCAAAGCAGCUGAAGCUUUUUCAACCAGUAAUUUGGCCCACGUGUGGAGCAGACAUAGGAACCCACUUGCACUCAAAAAGCUCCCACCUUCGUUGUGCCUCACUUCCAACGGUGCUUUUUUCAGUAGUCUGUCUUUCUUUGUUUGUUUGUAAGGUGCUGUAUAUAACUUGAAUAUAUUAUGCACAUAUCCUACCCAAUGGGUAGACACCACAAAAAAUGUUGUGAAUAAUGUAAUAUAAUGUAUAGACAAUAUAAGAAUUUUAAGAAGGCAGCAUCAAAUUUGUAAAUGCCUACAGUUAAAAACGUACUUUGUCUUUUUUUAUGAGAAAACAUGGUUUGCGAAUUAUGCUUAGAAUAUGGUUGCAACACAAAUACAAACGUAUAAUAUUUUGCUAUAAAUAAUAGUCUGUUAUGAUAAGGAUGAAAUAACCUCUGGAUUAAGGAAGUUGUUGAGAAAAGAUAUUAUUCACUUUUUUUUUUUUUUUUUUUUUAUUUAAUUCCUCUUCUAUGAACAAGCCUUUACAGUGCUUGCCAUCAUUUGGGUACUGGCCGGUGGUUUUAUUUUCACCACUAUAAACUAACAAAUGUAUAGUUGUAUUACGCAGAUCUUUUAAGAAAACAUGUAUCACACACAGAUCAGUUGGUGUUUAUGCCACGACUUCAGCUGGUUCGCUGUUGAAUUUUAACUGGUUUCGUCGAUUGUUGAACAAAAAGCAGAAGCUCUCUAGUUUGGGAGACGUGUGUCACAUGACCGACAUGAGAGCCAUCAGCACUUCCUAAAACAGAGGAACAUCUGUCUGUAUUCAUCGAUCCUAACAAUAUUUUAGUUCAUUUCAGCUCUAGUUUUGUAUAUCUGCCAAAAUAUAACACUGUUGAGCACACUCAGAACUGCUAUAGAUCUGGCUGGGUAUUAGGAUCUGCUUCUAGCAUUUCAGCUCUGUUACAGGAGGAUCAUCAACUUUUGAUCACAUGAUUGCUGAACAGAAAAGAAAAAUGGUUAUUCUCUUUUUAUGGUCAAGAUUGGAAAGUUGCACCAGCGUGAAACGUGUGAAAAAUGCCGUUAAAACUGUAAUUUAACUUUUCUCUCUUUUUUUCUACAUUACAAUGUUAUGUUUGGCACAGUAUAUUGAAAUAAAAGUCAUGUUUAAUCUGCAGUCAUUUAUUUACAGUAUGUACUGAAAGUAACUCCACUGUACAAUAACCGCAGAGCAUGUUCAUUCUUAUCUAUAGACAAUGUACAUAGCAACGCGCCAUUUUCUCUUCAAAGCACCAAAUAAGAGGCAACUGUGUAGUUUUAAUUUGGAAAAAGUCUUUAUUGUAACUUUGGUUAGAGCUCAGCUGCUCUUCUUAAUAGACAUGUUUUUUUUGUUUGUUUCCUGCACUAGCUUGAAGAACUAGCUUGGGCUCAGACAGAUUUUUAUUUGAUUUCUCCUCCCGCAGUGUGCUCCCUCUUUCCACUUAUAAGAAGUCUGUACUCAAAUGCUGACAACAAGUAGCUGUUUUUAUUGUUCCAGAUUUUAAUAAUAAUGAUGAUAAUAAUAACAAUGAUAGCGUCUCAACAGUUUGGUAUUCUCUCUGUCUUGACAGUUACCAUAGGACUGCUUCCAUCAUGGGUUUUGUAACAUCGGUUUGCUUUAUUUACAAAAUGAAUUCUUCUUGUUUUCCCCUCCCCUCCUCUGUGCUGAAAUACGCACACACACGCACACAUGUGUAGUGUGCGUGUGUGUGUGUGUGAAUGUAAACACAGAGAUAAAAAUGUUGUGUAUUUUUGCCUCUUUUUAUUUAAGCAAUUGUGAUGUAAUAGGUUUUAGGCCUAAGGUCUGUUAUUGCAAUACUUUUACAGAAAAGAAGAAAAAAAUCAAAAAAUGUUGCUCUAAGUGCUGUUGUAGUCAAAGAUUUUAUGCUUGUACUUAUGCUGUAGUCAAACUGCAGCGUAAUGAAUAAAACUUUAAAAGUGA